UUAACUCUGCUGCAGCCUCAGAGCGAGACAGACAAACUCGGGCCCAGAAUAUAGAAAAAUUAUUGAAAAAUUUUGAAAAAAUAAUAAAACAAAAGAUCGAGGGGAGAAAGACCGUGAAAGGUGGCGUGGGGUCUCCCACGGUAGGUUUGCGAAAAGUCGGUGAUGGAAUGUUACCGGGGUUCCAUGAGAAAUUGACUAAUGCGGCGCUGGAAACUUUUUGGGGAAUAAAGAUGCAGAGCAGCAUUUCCUACUCACCUCCAACCAUAGCCGUUGGGACUGGGUGAGAGAAAGAGAGAGAGAGAGGGUGAGAGAAAGAGAGAGAGAGAGAGAGAGAGGGAGAGAGGGAGAGCGAGAGAGAGGGAGAGAGAAAGAGAGGGAGAGAGAGAGAGAGAGAGAUAGAGAGAGAGAGAAAGAGAGAGAGAGAGAGAGAGGGAGACAGAGAGACAGAGCGAGAGAGAGAGAGUGAAAAAAAGGAGCUCCACAGACAGAAGGACCAGUUCUCACAUAGUAAACCAGUACACAAAUACAUGUGUUUUUCAGCAGACAUUGACAACAACAGCACUAUCUAGACCUUAGCACCACCCCCCCACGGCCGCCCCGCCCCGCCUGGAGCGGCACCCUUCACUGCAACCAACCACUGCUCACGUAGAGCCUGGAAGGCAGGGGAGCCACGGCCGGGAUUUCAUGGCAACAGCACCCUAGGGCUGCCAUGGCAGCUGCUGCCGCGGAUGCCCCACGCCAUAUUACCGCACUGACGCCGGAGGACGAGGAAGGAAGAGCCGCUGCCAAGCUGUACGGAGGCACUACCCUGCCACGGACAGAGAGAGAGAGAGAACGAGAGAGGGAAGAGCGAGCCAGUGGGAACGAGUGUUUGGUGUGUGGGACUUGGUUUGGUUCCCAGGAUAAACUUCGGCUUCACUCUUUCUGUCACACGGGAGAGAAACCCUUCCACUGCUCCCAGCCACACUGCCCUAAGGCCUUCAGCUCCAAAUAUAAACUGUUCAGGCAUAUGGCCACACACUCUCCGCAGAAAACUCACCAGUGCUCGUUCUGCGAGAAAAUGUUUCACCGCAAAGAUCACCUGAAGAACCACCUGCAGACCCAUGACCCCAACAAAGAGGCCUUCAAGUGUGAGGAAUGUGGCAAGCACUACAACACCAAGCUGGGCUAUAAGCGUCAUGUGGCCAUGCAUUCAGCCACGGCUGGGGACCUCACCUGUAAGGUGUGCCUGCAGAGCUACGAGAGCACCCCUGCCCUGAUGGAGCAUCUCAAGAGCCACUCGGGCAAGUCCUCCGGAGGUGCCAAGGAGAAGAAGCAUCCGUGCGACCACUGUGACCGCCGCUUCUACACACGGAAGGACGUGCGUCGCCACAUGGUGGUCCACACCGGCAGAAAGGACUUCCUGUGUCAGUACUGCGCCCAGCGCUUCGGCAGGAAGGACCACCUGACGCGGCAUAUGAAGAAGAGCCACUCUCAGGAGCUGCUGAAGAUAAAGACUGAGCCUCCGGACAUGCUAGGCCUGCUGGGCUCUGGCUCCUCCCCCUGCACUGUCAAAGAGGAGCUCAGCCCCAUGAUGUGCAGCAUGGGUUCCAACAAAGACCCCAUGCUGGCCAAGCCGUUCCCCAGUGGCACCUCCUUCCCCAUGGGCAUGUACAACCCCCACCACCUCCAGGCCAUGUCCAACCCUGGGGUGGGCCACCACCACUCUCUGAUGCCUGGCUCCUUGUCCACUGCCAUGGGGAUGGGUUGCCACAUGGAGCCCCCCCUCCAUCACCCCCAUCACCCGCACCACCACCACCACCACCACUACCAUCACCACCACAUCCAACACUCCCCCCCGCUGCCCCACCUGCAGCAGCCCCAACAGCACCAGCAGCAACAGCACGCCCAGCCUCCACCCAAGUACCAGCUGGGAUCUACCUCAUACCUGCUGGACAAGCCCCUCAAAGUGGAGAUGGAGAGCUUUCUCAUGGAUCUGCAGAGUGGGCUGCCGGGCCACCACUCAGGUGAUCAUCAUCAUGCUGCUGCCUCGCCCCCCAAGGAGGGACUAGAGCACCCCUCAGGCUUGACAGAUGAGCUGUGUGGUGACCCUCUCCUGUCCAAGAGCCCUGCUGUCAUCGCUGAGGCUCUGUGCGCUGCUAACAUGGACAUCUCUCACCUACUGGGCUUCCUGCCCCUCAACCUGCCCCCCAACCUACCCCCCUACAACACCUCCAUGAGCACAGCAGGGCUUGUCAUGAGCUACACCUCGUCUACCCCUGGCUCCACCUCUUCCUCCUCUUCGUCAUCCUCAUCCUUGCAUGCUGCCGAGCCCCACGCCGUUGCCACGGCUGCAGCCACACCUCUUACCUCUUUGCAACCUCAACCUCAGGAGCAGCAUGGCUCCAGCGAGGGCCUGGGUCUAGGGCCCCUGCACCCUCUCCCGCCAGUGUUUAGCUCCAGCCUCAGCACGACCACCCUGCCUCGCUUUCACCAGGCCUUCCAAUGAGGGGCCACCAGGCCACCAUAAGGGGCCACCAGGUCCCUACGCCUUCAUCCUCAGCUCACUGCCUGGGCGCCCAAGGUCCAUGUGGCCUGAUGGCCGCAAGGGCAGUGACAAAAACACAUGAACACUUAGAAGCCUUAAUCGAAUCACACAAAAGCUUUUGAUUGAGCCCUAGAGAAAACUGAACCCUUUAUUGAAACAAAAGGGAAAAGAUGAGACAUUUUAAAACAAACUUUCUUUCUAUCCUUUAGUUAUAACCUCUCCCACCAACCUAUCUCCCUGAUCCAUGAUCCCCUCUCCCUUUAUUAUGUAGGUAGUAGGCAGUAGGCCUUCAGUAGGCCUUCAGUGGGUCUUCAGUAGCCUUCAGUAGGCCUUCAGUAGGCCUUCAGUAGGCCUUCAGUAGGCCUUCAGUAGGCCUUCAGUAGGUCUUCAGGCCUUCAUUAGGCCUUCAGUAGGCCUUCAGUAGGCCUGAAGGUACCGCUACUUUAUAAAGUAAUAAUAUUAGGAAAAUAAUCAAAGAUGAAUUUUAGAGAAGAUGUUUUGAAGUGGAUGAAAUAUAAUUUUCUUGCUUUUCCAAACAUGACUGAACAUGCUAGAUUAUCUCUCCUAUGAGUGUAAAGGUCUGAACCACCUUCCCAGAAACACACCCUGUCUGUCAUCAUCACCAUCAGGGGAAACACACCCUGUCUGUCAUCAUCACCGUCAGGGGGAAAACACACCCUGUCUGUCAUCAUCACCAUCAGGGGGAAAACACACCCUGUCUGUCAUCAUCACCAUCAGGGGGAAAACACACCCUGUCUGUCAUCAUCACCGUCAGGGGGGAAACACACCCUGUCUGUCAUCAUCACCAUCAGGGGGAAAAUAUACCCUAUCUGUCAUCAUCACCAUCAGGGGGAAAACACACCCUGUAUGUCAUCAUCACCAUCAGGGGGAAACACACCCUGUCUGUCUGUCAUCAUCACCAUCAGGGGGAAACACACCCUGUCUGUCAUCAUCACCGUCAGGGGGAAAACACACCCUGUCUGUCAUCAUCACCAUCAGGGGAAAACACACCCUGUCUGUCAUCAUCACCAUCAGGGGGAAACACACCCUGUCUGUCAUCAUCACCAU